GUUACGUUAGAAUAGUUGAGCGUCCAUUUGGUAAUGGCUCAAAAGUUGGGCGCGCGUUGUAAGUUUUUCAAAGAUGAUUUUUGAAAUGGUGAAAACCAAAUAGGUCGAACCAGGAAGGUUUUCCCCUUGAGUUCAUGCCUUCAGGGAGAGGCUGCAAGCUAACGUUGAACUUCACUAUCCUAGAGUCUCUAUUGCAGUCAUGCAGGACGCUGGCACAAUUCAAGCAAAUAUACUCUCAGAUGAUCACUUGCGGCCUCAUCAACGACACAUACGCAUCAAGCCGCCUCCUCCGAACAUGCCUUUCAUCGGAGUUCCGCGUAGCCGUCGACUGCUCUCGCCGGAUAUUCGAUAACAUCAAACACCCAAAUGUUGUAAUAUGGAACACCAUGAUGAAGAUAUACGUUUCGGCGUCGCGUCCUGAGUGUGCAAUUUUGCUAUACAAAUCGAUGUUGCGUGAUCAUUCUCCGGCUGACAAUUUCACGUUCCCAAUCUUAAUUCAGGCUUGCACUCUCCGAGCGUGGGUAGAAGAAGGCGAACAGUUGCAUAAUCAUGUUGUCAAAUUGGGUUUUGGUUCGGAUGCCUAUGUGGGCAAUACCUUGAUACACAUGUAUUCCGUCUGUGAAUAUUUGGAGGAUUCGCGGAAAGUGUUUGAUGGAAUGCCUCAAAGAGAUUCUGUCUCAUGGAACGCUAUGUUGGCAGGGUAUGCGGGUCAAGGAUGGGUUGAUGAAGCUUUCUUUCUGUUUGAAAUGUUUCCAUGUAGAAGCGUUGUUGCGUGGAAUUCCAUGAUUACGAUGAUGGGACGGCAAGGACUUGUUCCCGACGCACGGCGGCUGUUUGACGAGAUGCAGGAAAGAGAUGUUGUGUCGUGGUCCACCAUGAUUUCUUGUUAUGAGCAGAAUGGAGCUCCAGCGGAAGCUGUUGAGUUGUUUGGUCGUAUGAAUCACGAAGGCGUCAUGGUAGAUGCUGUUACCAUGGUUACUGUUGUCUCUGCGUGUGCGCAGUUGAUGGCGCUGAAGGAAGGUGAAGGAAUUCAUGGGCUGGUUGUCCGAAUGGGGUUCGGGUCAUAUACAUCACUUAGAAAUGCGUUGCUUCAUAUGUACGCACGAUGUGGGCAUGUAGAGAUUGCCCGAAAAAUGUUCGGUGAGGGAACUGGAUUUGACUUGAUAUCGUGGAAUUCUUUGAUAACUGGGUAUGUUAAAGCUGGUUACCUCAAUGAUGCAAAGAAACUUUUUGAUGCAAUGCCUGAGAGAGAUAUAGUCUCAUGGAGUGCAAUGAUAUCAGGUUAUGCACAACACAAUCAUUUCCGAGAAACUUUGAGUCUAUUCCGUGAGAUGCAGCUUCACUGUGUUAUGCCCGACGAUGUGACACUAGUCAGUGUCCUUUCAGCAUGCGCACAUUUGUGUGCUCUAGAGCAAGGUAGCAGGAUUCAUGCUUAUGUUGAGAAAAAGAACAUCGAAGUUGAUGUCAUUUUAGGCACCACCCUUGUAGAUAUGUACAUGAAAUGUGGUUGUGUUGAUGAUGCUUUAAAGAUCUUCUCUGAAAUGCAAAAUAGGGGGACCUCCUCUUGGAAUGCUAUCAUUCUAGGAAUGGCAAUGAACGGUCAUGUCGAAGAGGCGUUCAGUUUUUUUGCUGAUAUGACACAGUAUGGAGUGGCACCUAACGAAAUAACUUUCAUUGGUAUCUUGAGUGCAUGUAGGCAUGCUGGUUUAGUGUCAGAGGGCCGUCAUUAUUUUCAGUCAAUGACAAAGAUGCAUCAGAUUCUUCCCAAUGUUAAGCACUACGGUUGCAUGGUCGACCUUCUUGGGCGUGCUGGAUUUCUCAAAGAAGCAGAGGAUCUGAUCUCAAGUAUGCCUAUGACUCCUGAUAUAGCCACAUGGGGUGCUCUUCUUGGUGCUUGUAAGAUGCACAGAAACCUUGACAUAGGUGUGAGAACAGCCAUACAACUUCUAAGCCUUGAUCCUUGCCAUGAUGGUGCUCACGUGCUCCUGUCUAACAUAUAUGCUUUGAGAGGUAGCUGGGACAACGUGAACCAAGUUAGGAGCACGAUGAAGAGGCUUAGGGUUUUAAAAGAGCCAGGAUGCAGUUGGAUUGAGACAGAUGGUGUCGUUCAUCAGUUUUUUGCAGGAGAUAGGGCUCAUCCACAGUCAGAGGAGAUCGAGAGCAUGUUAAAUGAGAUGGCAAAGAGAUUGAGGGCUGAAGGUUAUGAACCAGAUACUAGUCAAGUGUCUUUGGAUGUUGAUGAAGAAGAUAAAGGAAGUUUGUUGUAUAUGCACAGCGAGAAAAUAGCCAUUGCUUUUGGACUCAUUAGCAUAAAUAUGCCCUUGCCUAUUAGAAUAGCGAAGAACCUUAGAAUAUGCUGCGAUUGUCAUAUUGUAGCCAAGCUUGUUUCUAGAACUUUUGAACGUGAAAUUGUAGUGAGAGAUCGACAUCGUUUCCACCAUUUCAAGCAGGGCUUAUGCUCAUGUUCUGAUUACUGGUAAUAAAAGUUAUUUGUUCAUUUUUAA